CACACACAUCAGUGUCUAAAUGUAGCUGAAGGCAUGGAUUGUUUUACAAGAGUGCUGUACUGUAGAGUUGUGCUGAUGUUCUGUAAGCAGCAGAUCUUGUUGAGGAGGACAGAAACUUUUCUAGAAGAUGACGUCAUCGCUCAUGAACUCACUUCAGAAACAUUUGGGAGUUUAGAGUUUGUGCUGGUUUGCUCUUAAGGUUUAGUUAGUCUUUUUUAUUCUUGUUAUUACAGUAUGCUAAUGCUGUUUGUCUCAACUUAAAUGAUCUGAUAAAUAUUGCUCUUGAUGUUCUGUGAUUUGGAAGCUGAGCUGGAUUUAACAGACAGAGCAGCACUGGUUUCUGAUUUCAUACACGGAAGAAUCUGCAUUCUUGUCUAAUGAUAACUUCUCCAAUUAAAAUGUGUAAAAGGUCGAUUAGCACAAACAAGAGGAGUGUUGAGUGAAGAGAAACUGAAGAGACCGAACACUGCUGAGUUCAGAUUCCACUGAGUUUAGUUUGAAAGUAGGUGUGAACUCUUGAGGAAGUAUUCAAUGGCUCUGACUGAAUGAUCCAUAAGUUAUCACACCCUCUAUUUCAGUAGUCCAAUUUCAGGUCUAUUGCAAAGAAAGCAGAUUUUAGUAAGAUUUUAUGCAGAAUCUUUGGAACAAGCUACCUUAAUUCACUGAAAAUUCAUUCUGUUUGGAGAUUUGCUAAAGAACUGCGAUGCAUCAGAAAUCAUGUUGGAAUCCGACUGGGACUUCCUGAAUCCGACUCCAGUUGAAUCGUGAGGUCUUUAAAUGCUGGACUGUUGUAAAAGACUUGUGGAUGUGAUUUGUGGUUUCCAUUUUGGGUUCCACCAAUUUCACCCAUGCCCAGUUAAACCAUUCGUUAUGGCAGGUGACACAAUUUUACAUCAAUGACCAGUCAUUAACCAAAAGCUUAGUUAGUUCCCAUCCUCACAUUUGUGGCUGUGACCAAUUCCACUUGCACUUUUGUGACUGAUUUUAAAAUGAGCAGUAGAUACCUACCCUUGAACAUGUAAUCUUAAAAAUUAAUAGAACAUACAUGUUUUUACUAUCACUUUUAAAAGAAAAAGACUGACCUCAAACUUUUGAACGGCAGUGUAUAUUUAUAAGUUGAAUCAGUUUCUAUAUAAAAUAUAUUUUCUUGUCAUACUCUUGUUUUUUGGCCAGCAAUAAAAGCUCUGCAGCUGUUUCUUGACCCACUUCUGGUUAAGCACCACAGAUCUGACUUGGCUCAGUGUUCAGAGUUUGUCCUCAAUGCUCAACACACAUAUGCUCAGUCUUGGUGCAUAAUAAUCUCCCUGAGCAGUCUUCAGUUGAAGACUUUGGUUAAGUUCAUUGGGAUAUAAAGUAUAUCUUCACAUUUAAAAUGUCUGUUUGGUUUCCUUGUAGGUUUUGCUUGACAAUGGCAAUGUUUCUGGUGUUUACUCUGCUGACUCUGUCAUCCUUCUCUUCUCCCACGCGAGCCGAAAUCUUCACGUCAAUUGGCCAAAUGACAGACCUGAUAUUUACAGAGAGGGAGCUCGUCCAAUCGCUGAAAGAGUACAUUGAAGCAGAAGAGAUGAAACUUGAAGCUGUGAAGAGCUGGGCUAAUAAACUGGAUCUGUUGACCCGUGCGUCCACGUUGGACCCUGAGGGCUUCCUGGCUCACCCGGUGAACGCCUACAAGCUGAUGAAGAGACUCAACACCGAGUGGUCCGAGUUAGAGAGUCUGGUGCUGCAGGACCCAUCAGAUGGUUUCGUAUCGAACAUGUCUGUGCACAGACAGUAUUUCCCGGAUGAGGAGGACGAGAAGGGGGCAGCCAAAGCGCUCAUGCGUCUGCAGGACACGUAUAAACUGGACUCUGAGAGUUUCUCCAAAGGCAGACUGCCAGGGGUGCGCUACAGCGUGGAGCUGACCGUGGAGGACUGCUUCGACAUGGGUAAACUGGCCUACAGCGAGAAUGACUAUUAUCACUCCGUGCUGUGGAUGCAGCAGGCGCUCAGACAGAUGGACUCGGGAGAAGACGCCAAGACACCCAAAGCUGAUAUCUUAGAUUAUCUGAGUUACUCCGUCUAUCAGAUGGGAGACCUGCCACGAGCCAUCGAACUCACCCGACGCUUGGUGGACAUCGAUCCCAGCCACCAGAGGGCAGGAGCAAACCUGCGCUACUUCGAGCGGCUGCUGUCUAAAGAGCAGAGGGACCGGGGUCAGAGCCAGCAGGAGCCUGCAGACCAGACGCCCAUUCAGCUGGACACCUAUGAGAGACCCAAAGACCACCUGCCCGAGAGAGAGGUGUACGAGGCCCUCUGCAGGGGAGAGGGAGUCAAAAUGACUCCAAAGAGGCGUAGCCGACUGUUCUGCCGCUAUCAGGACGGGAACAGGAGCCCGCGUCUGCUGCUCAAACCCAUGAAGGAGGAGGACGAGUGGGACAGUCCUCAUAUCGUACGCUUUCUGGACGCCCUCUCUGAUGAAGAGAUCGACAAGAUCAAGGAGCUGGCCAAACCUAAGCUUGCUAGAGCCACAGUGAGAGACCCAAAAACAGGCGUUCUGACGGUCGCCAAUUACAGAGUUUCCAAAAGCGCAUGGUUAGAUGGGGAAGACGAUCCAGUGAUCGCUCGGGUCAAUCAGAGAAUAGAGGACAUCACUGGAUUAACUGUAGACACUGCAGAACUUCUACAGGUGGCUAACUAUGGCGUUGGAGGUCAAUAUGAGCCACAUUAUGAUUUCUCAAGGCGUCCUUUUGACAGCAACCUCAAGGUUGAUGGAAAUAGACUUGCCACCUAUCUGAACUACAUGAGUGAUGUUGAGGCUGGUGGGGCGACCGUUUUCCCUGAUUUUGGAGCCGCUAUUUGGCCUAGAAAGGGAACAGCAGUGUUCUGGUACAAUCUCUUUAAGAGCGGAGAAGGAGACUUCAGAACCAGACACGCGGCCUGUCCUGUUCUAGUGGGCAGUAAAUGGGUUUCAAACAAAUGGAUCCAUGAGAGAGGUCAGGAGUUCAGACGCCCGUGUGGCCUGACUGAAGGGGACUGACCUUGAGCUUGGUUCUAGCCACAGUGCCUCGAGUCUGCAAAUGUAUAUGAGUUCCACUCACUGCUGGGGUUUGAGAGCCAUUCUGUGUGUAGCGGAUUUCUCUUUUAUUUGGAGUGUUUUUAUUUACCCCUUAAUCAACAUUUCUUGGCCGAUUAAACUGCAGUAUCGUGUCAUGUCAGAAAUAUCAUGUUCAUAUAAUGCAUAAAUUAUUGUCCUGUUCUUCAGUGUUUAUUUCAUAUUCUUAUCUGGUUUGCAAUAAAAUGUCUAAAUAUGAA